UCUCCCGCCCGUGCGCGUCCACGCGAGAGCCGGGUUUGCGUUGUAACGGAGAGGCGGAUUGAAACGGGAGUUUCAAUAGAGAAUAAGCGGUGUAACCGAAGCGCAGGCAUGGCAGCGAUCCGUAAGAAGCUGGUGAUUGUGGGCGACGGGGCCUGUGGAAAGACCUGUCUGCUGAUAGUCUUCAGUAAGGACCAGUUUCCAGAGGUCUAUGUCCCGACGGUCUUCGAGAACUACGUAGCUGACAUCGAGGUGGACAGCAAACAGGUGGAGCUGGCUCUCUGGGACACAGCCGGACAGGAGGACUAUGAUCGGCUCAGGCCUCUAUCCUACCCUGACACAGACGUUAUCCUCAUGUGCUUCUCCAUAGACAGUCCAGACAGUUUAGAAAACAUCCCUGAGAAGUGGACUCCGGAGGUGAAGCAUUUCUGCCCCAAUGUGCCCAUCAUCCUGGUCGGGAACAAGAAGGACCUGAGGAACGAUGAGCACACGCGCCGCGAGCUGGCCAAGAUGAAACAGGAGCCAGUGAAGCCGGAGGAGGGCCGGGACAUGGCAAACCGCAUCGGUGCCUUUGGCUACAUGGAGUGCUCAGCCAAGACAAAGGACGGCGUGAGGGAGGUGUUCGAGAUGGCCACCAGGGCGGCGCUACAGGCCCGACGUGGCAAAAAACAAUCGAAAUGCCUUCUUUUGUAAAGAAACUAAACAAAGUGAAAGUGUCUGUACUCCCAGAGAAAGGAGAAAGCAGGUGAGCCCAGGCUGGCCCCCCAUCCCCAAACUCUCUCUCUACAGCCAUCAACUUGAUUUCAAAACCUCUCAGUUGAUGUUUGCUAAUCGUAGUGUGAUCCUAGUAUCUUUCAGCAGUCUGGCCUUCCAGUUGUCCUUUUUUUGUUUGCAUUGAUCUGUAACAAGUUCCAAUUUUUUUUUUUUUUUAAAACACAAAGAUGAAAAGGAAAGUUGUUUACCAUAAUUAAACACUCAAAACUAAACGUUUUUUAUUUUAUUUUGUUUUGUAUGUUUGCUGUACUUGUAUUGUUAGUCACAGAACGCCUCAAUGCAGAGCUGGUCCUAGUGCAGUUUGCAGCAAUCCUGGGCUCUGCGUUCACCUUUCCUGUCCCUCUCUGGUCCUGCGUGUCCCAUCGCACCCUGUCCGUUCACACACCCCUAGGCAGAUGUAGGAAUGUCUACCUGUUUUCUCAAGUCUGUUUACCAGACAAGGAAACCACUAGCCUUGUGUUUAUUCCAGCUUCCACUUAUUUGUAUUUUUAAAUUGUAGUUGAUUUAUGAGUCGCACUGUUUUUUUGUAAAAGUGAAUUUCCUAAAUGCUAAACUUGUAGUGUGUGUGUGUGUCUCUCAGUCUCUAAUUUUUAAGAAAACAAAAAGUAUUUGAAAAUAAAAAAACAGUAAGGGGUUGAUAAGCGAAAAUGGGUUGUCACAUGCACACAAAGAGGAGGACAUUGAUUUGUAUAAAGGCUCAGUAACUUUCUGUAAUAAAUUACUGUUAAUAUAACCAACAGAUCCACUUUUAAUAUGCAAAGCUGGAAAUAAAAGCGGACAUUGUGAUGUUUGGUUAAAAAA